UCAAACACCGGAAAGAGGUAUGAACAAGUUCGCCGAGUUCGUCGUGGGUGGGCUGCAAGCGAACACAACGUGUGUGUGGUCCAAGCGUUCGUAUGCUGGAUGCGGCUGUCGCGAACGUAGAAGAUGCAAGACGCUUUGUUCGAACGAAACGGGGAGCUUUCUCCGUGGCAGACUAUACUUACUCGGGAAAUAAUUGGUGUUUAGCUAUGAAACUCCGGUUGAUUUGUUGCUUUCUAAUUUUUCAUCAAGUAUCAUCGGAAUUGACGCAUAGUUUCGCCGCCAAUUCCAAUGGUGAAAAUAAAACAUGGAAAAGUUUGGAGUUGAGUUCCAGGCACCUGCCGGACAAUUACCUGCUGGACAGGUAUCCUAUAAGUGAAUUACCAUCUGAUUCCUUGAAUUGCCGUAGACCAGCAAAAUGUGUAGAAAUGCAGAGGAAUACAUGCAUGGGUACAAGAUUACCAUAUACUACUACUACCUUGGAGCUUAUACGUGAGCAUGUGACCCAAGAUAUUAUAGAGGAGAGAUUACACGUAUUACAAGCAUUAAGACACAUGCCAAAGUGUUGGGCAGUUGUCCAGCCCCUUUUAUGUUCAAUAUUCAUGCCAAAAUGUAUUAAUGAUACAGUAGAAUUACCAUCUCAGGAAAUGUGCAGAAUGAUUUCAGGACCUUGUAGAAUUAUUUUUAAUUAUACGAUAUGGCCGAGUUUUAUCAAAUGCGAAGACACAGAAUUAUUUCCUAAAUUAUGUAAAAAUGAUAUCAGGGAGUUGAAGUUUAAUAUUUCUGGCAAGUGCCUGAAACCUUUGGUCCCAACUGACAAUGCGCUUGCAAUAUUUGAAGGAGUUGAAAGUUGUGGAACACAGUGCAAUGACCCACUUUUUACACCAGAUGAACAUAAACAAAUUCAUUCUUUUAUUGCUUGGGCUGCAGGAAUUUGUGGCUCAUUUAAUUUAUUUACAGUUGUAACGUUUUUAAUCGAUUGGAGAAGUGCAAAUAAAUAUCCAGCUUUAGUGAUAUUCUAUAUCAAUUGUUGUUUUAUGAUGUCCUGUAUUGGAUGGCUUAUUCAAUUUACACCAGGAAGCAGGGAAGUGAUUGUGUGCCGCAAAGAUGGGACAUUAAGGAUGAGUGAACCAAGUGGAGAAAACUUAUCAUGCGUGGUAGUAUUUGUCCUUGUGUAUUACUCCCUUAUGGCAGCUAUGGUGUGGUUUGUGAUUCUUACAUAUGCUUGGCAUAUGAGUUUUCAAGCAUUAGGCAAAAUCCAAGACAGAAUCGAUAAGAAGGGUGCUUAUUUUCAUUUAAUUGCUUGGUGUUUCCCACUUGUUCUCACUGUUACGAUUAUGGCAUUAGGAGAAAUAGAUGGAAAUAGUGUUACUGGUAUAUGUUUUGUGGGUUAUGCUAAUCAUGCAGUCAGAGCUUGGUUUUUGCUUGGUCCUGUACUGAUUGUUUUACUAGUUGGAGGAUACUUUUUAUCCAGAGGAUUAAUCACUUUGAUUCGGCUGAAAAUAAGUAGCCAAGAAAUUAUAUCUGAAAGAGCAAGUGCUAAAAUACGAGAAACCAUCGUGCGUAUGGGUCUAUUUUCGAUUUUCACAUUUACUGCAGUUGUUGUAACAUUUUAUUGCCACAUUUACGAGUUCCAACAUUCUUGGGAAUGGCGUCAAAGCUUCAGAAAUUACAUGAUAUGUGCAAUAACAACAAAAUAUUUGGAUAUUUCUGAAUGUAAAAUGGAACUUCGACCUAGUGCUGCAAAAAUGCAGUUACAUUUACUUUCUCCAUUUUUUGCCGGCAUUCUUAUGUCCUCUUGGGUUUGGACUGGUUCAACUGUAGACACCUGGACUAGAUUUCUCAGGCGAACUUUCAAUUGUGAGACUGAAGAACCCAUCAGAUUAAAAAAACACAAAGUUAUUGCUCAAGCGUUUGCAAAACGGAAGACAUUCAAUAAUGCUGGUCGAUUAUCGAUUAGUUUUCAUAACACACACGAGGAUCCUGUUGGUUUAAACUUUGAUCUAAACUCUGUAGCUUCUCAGGAUUUCAGUUCGACGUGGGCUGCUGCACUGCCAAAGUUAGUUACACGUAGAGGCGCGCUUGUUGGUGGCACUACUGGCUCUGUGUCUAGUAACAGAAGAAAUUCUGUGGACUCUGAGAUCAGUUUUAGCGUGCGUCGAGUGUCAGUAGAAUCUAGAAGGAACUCAUUGGACUCUCAGAUAUCGGUUCAAAUAGCCGAGCUGAAGACAACGCGAAAAGUUGCAAGCAGCUCGCGUGGUCGUCGGGGAAAGCGACGACGAGAUUUUGGAAAGUCAAGAUCCGGUAAAGUGGGACCAUUGUUCAGAAGAGGUAGUACAACCUCGCAAGAAAGUCAGCUUGGUGCGCAGAUACUAUCCGCAUUAACCAUAGGUGGUAAUUCAAGAGUACCGCCGGUUCAAGUGCCUAAUAUGAAGAGACGAUCAGCAAGUGCUGGACUAGAUGAACGUACCCUAAACUCUAAAUUGUUCGAUGGAAAGAACGCAGGUAUGCUUCUGCCGUUCUUAUUUCCAGGACAGAGUGGUAGCGAUGAGAAUUUAAGUAGCGAGGAAAAGCGGCACCAAGGAAUGUCAGGAAAAGACGUGGAUGUUGAAGUUGGUAAUGCAGAAAAGGAUGAUCAAGAUAGUGACAGCGAAGACAGUCAACCAGAGGAGGAAACAAAAAUGCUAGACCCUGAAGAACCGCAGGAACGUAGCAAGAGCAAAAGCAGUAACAAAAGCUCCAAAAGUUAUGGUCAUGAAAGUGACAGAAGGAGUAGAGAGGGUCGCAGAAGCAAAUAUCUAUUGCAAGAUGAAACUAUUUUAAAACACCUGUUUCAAGAAUCUAGUGAUAUAAAAUUAAAAAAUGACGCAGAAAUAAAAGAAAUCUAUAGAAAAGCUGGAAUAGGCAAUCUGGCUUCUAGUCUUACCUCCUGCUGUCCUGAAUUAACAAGGCUCAUGCAGUCUGAAGGACAAAAUACUAAUGCCCGAGAAAUGGCAACGCAAACUUCUUUACCAUUGGACAUUCUGGAGAUGGAAGAGUUGAAACAAAGCAUAGACGAAAUUAUUAACAGUCGACAUUGCAGUUCAAAGGGUACGCAAAUUUCACCACAACUGAAUAAGAACAAAAACAUCGCUACAUAACUGUAAGGUACAUUUUUAGAAUUUAUACUUUGAAGGCGUGACUGCAACAAAGUAAAUUUAAGGGUCUUUUUAUUAUCCUUGCUUAAGGAUGGUGUUUGUUGAAAAAGAUAACCAGCAUUGUAUGACAAUGUAAUAGUGCCAAAAUUAUACUUAAUUCGUCGUGUUUAAGUACGUGUACAUUUAAUAGGGCAAUAGCAUGACAUUUGAUUGUGUAUGUAUAGUAUUUCAAAAUAACUUAGGUUUAACAAUGCAUAUUGUUUAAUUUUAUACUUUUUAUUAUCAGUGAAAUUGCGGUAAAAUUUCAUUAUCGUAAAAAAUAAUUCAAUUUACGAUACUAGAAGUAUAAAUGUAUUAUAAACAUAAUUUCCUUUUAUACAGUACAAUUUAAAUCUAUUUUUAAUAUUGCUCUGUUGCUUACAAUAUUUGUAAAAUAUAUACCCUAUUGUACUUAGAGUACACAACUGAUUUUUACAUAUAUGUGCGUAACUACAUUUUAGAAUUUCAAUUUUAUCUUAUCAUUUACCACAGACUUUUCGACAGCUACUUGAUUAAUGUUUAUUUUAAACAUAGUAUGCAAAUCAAUUUCAAUGUAUCUAUAUAAUCUAACAUUGAUAACGAGUACAUAAAACGCAUUUUUUUUAUCGUUCUAUCAUAAAAAGAUAAGUGUAUGAAUGGAGUAACUUUUUUUUCGUCUUUUUUUUUCUUUCUUUUUUAACAAUUUCUAUUUCUAAACGCAAGUGUAAAUGUUUCAUGCAAAACAACGUGAUUGUACAAAUAAUUCUUACAUAAGGGACAAAUCUGCUGACUUACAAAUUUUAUAUUUUUAUAAUAUAUUAAGAUAAGAUAUUGUCUGGUACUUUGAUAAUCCUAUGUAUGUUUACUUUCCUAUAAGAUCUCGAAUAUUACUUUUAUUUAUGAAAACGGUUACUGUCCACGUUUCUCGAAACGUAUCUAAAAUAGAACAUCCCUAAAAUAUCCGUUUGAAUAUUAUACAUCACAUUGAAACUACCUCAGUGAACGUUUAUUACGAGGCUCGCUAUCAUGUAUGUAAUUAUAGAAGAGGGUCUACCCGUUAUCGAUAAUUGAUAUUUCCUACGUACAUUUUAACACGGACUUUCUGCGUUCCGUCCAAAUUUAUCCACAGAAAGUGUUAACUAUUCUCAAUGUACAAGUAUCCCAAUAUAUUAUCUUAGGUUCACAUGUAAUCAUGAUGAUGUUCAAAAUUCAUAAACACGUAUUAAGAACAAUGUCUUUUAUUCAUUUCUGUUCAAAAAUAAUGGUAGAAAAACAAAUGUAGUGUUAACAAACCCUGUGUUCCUUGUCGAUUAAACAUCUUAUUUUUGUAUCUCAUACAAAAAAGAAAGGAAGUGGAAUUUCAUUUUCCUAGCAAGAUCUAAUACAAAUGUUAAAGGCAUUUCUAGCUGCGACAUUUGGCUUUGUGUCUUCUUUGAAACGAUGGGCAGGUACAAUUAACGAUAUCUCUGUUCAAUCUGUCCGCAAAUGCACGAUCCUCUUGUUCAACUCGCCAUAUUCUUAUGCUUUCAAAUCCGGUCCGAUAUUCUCGGCUACGUAUUUUUUUCCUACACUCGAUACAAAUACAGUCGGAUUUUAGUUUCGAGAAAAAGUGUGUACAAAGUAUGUGUAUACGUGUGUAAUAA